ACCAGAGUGUUAAACACUGGUUAUUAAGUCUCAUGAAACGGUAUUUCAGAAGACGUUCCGAAGCUUCCCUGGGACUCCCAGUUGGCUUGCUUUAACUCUGUCCUGGAGAACCGAAGAGGCUGAGCUGCCCACCCAGUUUCUGAGUGACCAGUCAUGUCGCUGUCCCACCUGUACCGGGAUGGGGAAAGUCGCCUGGACGAUGAUGAUGACGAGCGUGAGAACUUUGAGAUCACCGACUGGGAUCUCCAGAAUGAGUUCAACCCCAACCGGCAGCGUCAUUGGCAGACGAAGGAGGAAGCCACUUACGGGGUGUGGGCUGAGCGAGACUCAGACGAGGAGAGGCCCAGCUUUGGAGGCAAACGGGCCCGAGACUAUUCUGCACCUGUCAACUUCAUCAGCGCGGGGCUCAAGAAGGGGGCAGCUGAGGAAGCGGACUCUGAUGACUCUGAUGAUGACGAGAAGCCUGCAAAGCAGGAGGACUUUCCAAAGGACUUAGGACCAAAGAAGUUAAAAACGGGUGGUAAUUUUAAGCCCAGCCAGAAAGGCUUUGCUGGAGGAACCAAGUCAUUCAUGGACUUUGGCAGCUGGGAGAGACACACGAAGGGGAUCGGGCAGAAGCUCCUGCAGAAGAUGGGCUAUGUCCCUGGACGGGGCCUGGGGAAGAAUGCUCAGGGAAUCAUCAACCCCAUUGAGGCCAAGCAGAGAAAAGGCAAAGGAGCUGUGGGGGCCUACGGCUCGGAGCGGACCACUCAGUCUCUGCAGGACUUCCCCGUGGCCGACUCGGAAGAGGAGGCUGAAGAGGAGUUUCAGAAGGAGCUGAGCCAGUGGAGAAAAGACCCCAGCGGGAGCAAGAAGAAGCCCAAGUACUCCUACAAGACUGUGGAGGAGCUGAAGGCCAAGGGCAGGGUCAGCAAGAAGCUCACAGCGCCUCAGAAGGAGCUGUCCCAGGUCAAGGUGAUCGACAUGACAGGCCGGGAACAGAAGGUGUACUACAGUUACAGCCAGAUCAGCCACAAGCACAGCGCGCCGGAUGGAGGGCUGCCUUUACUGGCGCAGCUGCCUGCCACAGCCGGCAAGGAAGCCAAGGUGCCCGGCUUUGCGCUGCCCGAGCUCGAGCACAACCUGCAGCUGCUCAUUGAGCACACGGAGCAGGAGAUCAUCCAGAGCGACCGCCAGCUGCAGUAUGAACGGGACAUGGUGGUCAGCCUGUCCCACGAGCUUGAGAAGACCGCCGAGGUCCUAGCACACGAGGAGCGUGUCAUCUCCAACCUCAGCAAGGUUCUGGCCCUGGUGGAGGAGUGUGAGCGCCGCAUGCAGCCUCAUGGCAGCGACCCCCUCACGCUGGAUGAGUGCGCACGCAUCUUUGAGACACUGCAGGAUAAGUACUAUGAGGAGUACCGCCUGGCAGACCGUGCAGACCUGGCUGUGGCCAUCGUCUACCCGCUUGUGAAGGACUACUUCAAGGAUUGGCACCCCCUUGAGGAUGGCAGCUAUGGCACCCAGAUCAUCUCCAAGUGGAAAAGCCUCCUGGAGAACGACCAACUUCUGUCUCACAGCAGCCAGGACCUGUCCUCGGACGCCUUCCACAGACUCAUGUGGGAGGUCUGGAUGCCUUUUGUCCGGAAUGUUGUCGCCCAGUGGCAGCCCAGGAACUGUGACCCGAUGGUGGACUUCCUGGACAGCUGGGCACACAUCAUCCCUGUGUGGAUCAUGGACAAUAUCCUGGACCAGCUCAUCUUCCCCAAGCUGCAGAAGGAGGUGGACAACUGGAACCCCUUGACGGACACCGUUCCCAUCCACUCGUGGAUCCACCCGUGGCUGCCCCUCAUGCAGGCCCGCCUGGAGCCGCUAUACUCCCCUGUCCGCAGCAAGCUGUCCAGCGCGCUACAGAAGUGGCACCCCAGCGAUGCCUCAGCCAAGCUCAUCCUGCAGCCCUGGAAAGACGUCCUCACCCCUGGGUCCUGGGAGGCCUUCAUGCUCAGGAACAUCGUGCCCAAGCUGGGCAUGUGCCUGGGUGAGCUCGUCAUCAACCCCCACCAGCAGCAUAUGGACGCCUUCUACUGGGUGAUGGACUGGGAAGGGAUGAUCUCUGUCUCCAGCCUGGUGGGGCUGCUGGAGAAGCAUUUCUUCCCCAAGUGGCUUCAGGUGCUGUGCUCCUGGCUCAGUAACAGCCCCAAUUACGAGGAGAUCACCAAGUGGUACCUGGGCUGGAAAUCCAUGUUCUCAGACCAGGUGCUGGCACACCCCUCUGUGAAGGACAAGUUCAACGAAGCCCUUGACAUAAUGAACAGGGCCGUGUCCUCCAACGUGGGUGCCUACAUGCAGCCAGGCGCUCGAGAGAACAUUGCGUACCUCACCCACACGGAGCGCAGGAAGGACUUCCAGUAUGAGGCCAUGCAGGAGCGCCGUGAGGCCGAGAACAUGGCUCAGAGGGGCAUCGGUGUGGCUGCCAGCUCCGUGCCCAUGAACUUCAAGGACCUCAUUGAGACCAAGGCCGAAGAGCACAACAUCGUGUUCAUGCCUGUCAUCGGCAAGCGGCAUGAGGGCAAACAGCUCUACACCUUUGGCCGAAUCGUCAUCUACAUCGACCGGGGCGUAGUGUUCGUGCAGGGCGAGAAGACUUGGGUGCCCACCUCCCUGCAGAGCCUCAUAGACAUGGCCAAGUAGACAUCAGGGCCCCACACCAGACCGGCGUGAAUAAAUGGCACUUUAAACAGAC